AUGGCUGCUGAGGCAGACUCAACCCGCAAUGGUUAUCGUCCGGAAUGGCUUGCGCUUGAAGAUGCGGCUGGAGGAAGAUACAUCAUGACCGGAGACUUUGCUGUCGAUGUGCCGACCUAUGAUGCAGUUUUUGCAGGUCUCUCGAAGCAAUGGCCCGCAUUGGCUGAAGAAUUGAAAGUGUGGGAUGAGGCCAUAGACACUGCCAACCAUGGGAAGGUCGAGGUCCGCAUCUACAAGCCAACGAUAGCAGAAAAUUCUCUGCCUCUGAUGAUCUACUUUGCUGGGGGAGGUUAUAUCGCUGGCAACCUUGAGACUGAGGAUGCUCACUGUCGAAUAUUCGCCGCCAAGGUCUCUUGUUUGGUUGUCAGCGUCAACUACCCCAAAGUCCCCAAGGUUAAGCUGGAUAAUAUUAUACAGGUCGGGGCAGAGGCCGUUCCUUGGGCCCGCGUGAAAGCAAAAGAGCUUGGAGCAGACCCAUCGAAGACAAUACUUUGUGGGGGAUCAGCUGGAGCCUUUCUCGCGGCUCAAGUUGCAUACCGACUGUCUACAGAAGGCGACACUACGUCGGUCACUGGCUUAGUCCUUCUCUUUGCGGUCGCCCUUCACUGGAAAUAUGACGGCAAGUACAAGCACAUGUACACUGCCUGGGAGGAGAACGGCUACAGCGGGACUCCCGUCUUCGGAAAGGAGCUGGCCGAGUUUAUUUGGGCGCACUACGACGUUGACUUCGAAAACCCACGCCAUUUUCCACUUCUUGCCGACGAUCUCUCAAAGUUUCCUCCAUCAUACAUCGUGACGGCGGAGAAAGAUUGCUUUCGCGAUGAUGGAAAGCUUCUCGACCACAGGCUGAGGGAAAGCGGAGUCAAAAGCAGACUUGAUUACUACCAAGGGCUACCCCAUUACUUCCACAUGUUUCCUGCCUUGGAUGUAGCCCAUGAGAUGAUGGCCAGGGCGGUCGAUGGGGUGAGAUUUCUCCUAGAAAAUUAA